GCCGGAGAUCAUGAUAGAAGCCGGCACAUAUGUUGAUUCCGGUAGUAUAUCUCGGAAACUAAUUGCUAUUACUGCAGGAGAUGCUCACACACUCGUUCUCACCGGUGAUGGGAGUGUAUAUUCAUGGGGAAGAGGAACCUUUGGCCGGCUCGGUACUGGUUCCGAGCUCGAUCAGCUUUUUCCUGCUAAAAUCGAAUUUAAUUCAACGGAUAGGAGAGACAGGGUUAAAAUCGUCGGAGUGUCAGCCGGUGCUUAUCAUAGUCUUGCUCUCUCCGAUGAUGGUUCAGUUUGGAGCUGGGGUUCCAAUACUUAUGGUCAACUCGGGGUGAACGUAGAGAAUUCCUUGGUUCCAUCUUUGGUAGAGGUGUUCCAAGGUCUAAGCACUCCCAGUUCCAUGGCUGAUGGAUCUAUAACCAAGAGUGAAACAGGACUCAAGAUUUCUUCUGUAAAAGCUGGAGGUAUGAUAUCUCUUGCAAUAGAUGAUAUCGGGUCUCUUUGGAUGUGGGGAAACUGUCCAUCACAAGAUAGCCCGACCGAAGGGGAAUUCUCAUUUGUCACCACUUCUACUCCAAUACCCGUUUGGGAUUUCCAUGGCCACACUGUGGUUAAAGUGGCAUGUGGAAAUGAGCACAUUGUAGCAUUAGUUAGUGCUGGAGAAACACAUAAAAGUGGUGCUGAUCUUGUAUGCUAUACUUGGGGCAACAACAACCAUGGACAACUAGGCCUAGGAGACACAGAGAUUCGAACGAGUCCUCAAAUGGUUGAAACAUUCAGCACAGAAUCUCCUUGGGCAGCGUAUGAAAUAGCAUGUGGAGCAUUCCACACUUCUUUACUCGCGUAUAAAAAGGGAGACGGUGACAUAUUAAAAAGUGUAUGCUGGACUUUUGGGCUUGGGGAAAAUGGACAGCUAGGUCGGGGAACCACCAAAAAGGCAUUACUCCCUGAAAUGAUUACAACUUUACCUGUAAACGUGUGGUUAAUCUCUGUCGAUUGUGGAUUAUUUCACACUAGUGUAGUUUCAUCGGUUGGGGAUGUUUGGUCAUGGGGAAUGGAAAACGGGCUAGGCCUUUGUCCUGAAGGAACUUCUAUAGAAGGUCAUAGUGGAGAUGCUCUUACUCCUCGAGUGAUCCCAUUUGAUGGUCAAAACUUUCAAGAACCUGUACAAGUCGCUUGUGGUGCGGCCCAUACCGUUCUUCUUGCAGACAGCGGAUAUAAGCUUUGGUCAUGGGGAAGAGGAAGAAGUGGGGUUCUUGGAAAUGGCCAACUAAAUGAUUCUUUUGCCCCAAAUCUUGUGUUGUGGCCUCCCCUAGAAGAAGAUUUCAAAGAAAAGAGAUCAGAAACAGAAACCAUUGGCACUAAGAGCAGUGACAAAAUAGAUGCCAAAAGGGAUUCAAAAGAGAUGGAGAAGGAACUAAUUGCAGCAAUGGAAGAGAUGAACCUCCUUCGUUUGAAACUAUCCGAAAUGGAGCGUUAUGCCAGCAUCCUUCAUGGUUCAAUUUUUGGGAAGCCAUUUGAAGAAGAUAAAGAUAUAACAGUGUCUUUAAAGAAGUCUGCAGGUUCAUUUGAUAUUGGAAAAGAAUGGGAGAAGAUGUUAGAUUGUUGUGAUGAUGGUGAGCUUUUACGUCUGGAAAUGUUUCACCGUAACAUGAUUGCAGGCGUUAAAGAUAAGAUAAUGAAGCGAAGGAUUAAAGAGAUGAUCAAGGAGUGUCUUCAAUCUUCAACAAGGAGUGAUACCAUGAUAUGAAUAUUUUGAAGGUUAGCAUGUGUUUGAUGUUGUAAAGUUUGUAGAUAUGAGGGGUGUAAAAAUAUGCAGUUUGAAUGUAUGCAGUAUGUGCAAACUAUGAGUUGAUAAAAGUGUGAAGUUUGGUUGGUGUGUUUUUUUCCUAAAAAAAUUAUAUAGAUGACAAAA